AUGGGAAAACGACAAUUCACAUCGCAAGCUUCUAGCACUCGUGCUGCCACUGCCACUGCCACUGGUGCAGGCUUUAGCUCUGGCUCUGGCUUUACUACAACAUCUACUAGACUAUCAUACCUUACGGAACCAUCAAACCUCUCUUCCAUUAGCGAUGCCAAUGUCGUGGUAUCAUUCAAAAAUCUUUCCAAAAAAGAUGCAACAACCAAAACGAAAGCUUUAGAGGAUCUGCGAGCAUUCAUCCAAAAUCAACCAUACGAGCAAGGAGGCGCGGAAGAGGCAAUUUUAGAAGCUUGGGUCAAUGUCUACCCUCGAGUCGCCAUAGAUAACUCACGUCGAGUUCGGGAGCUAUCCCACAGCAUACAAUAUGAGCUUUUGAAAUCGGCCAGGAAAAGAAUGGAAAAACAUAUACCAAAGAUUGUGGGAAGCUGGCUGGCAGGAACAUAUGAUAGAGACCGAGCAGCGGCGCGAUCUGCUACUGAUGGACUUACAUCUUUUCUUGAUACGGAUGCUAAAAUGAAUCUGUUCUGGAAGCGUUGUCAAAACGAGAUCCUCGACUAUGCAGAAGAAGCCUUGCAUGAGACCCCUGAUACCCUAAGUGACGAAAGAUCCGUUCCGAAAGAAGAUGCCGAUGAAAAGUACUAUCGAGUGAACAGCGCGAGUGUCUCUCUUCUUGCUAAUCUGCUAGCCAGACUCAGCAAUGAUGAUAUAUUUAAACAUCGCGACAGGUACGAAAAGGUUAUUUUCAGUAAUAAGAAACUAUGGACCCUGGCUUCAUGUGAGGAUUCUUCUGCGAGAAAAAGUACCGACAAAUUACUUGUGCUUUGCGUUGAGAAGCAAACUCAACUGGUCGAGAACAACCUGGAAACUAUCAGUCGUGCCUUCAUAUCUAAAGCACUGAGAUCGCCUCAAUCAACAUCUGCACUGCAACUAUUGCAGACUUUACAUCAAUUAACGAAACAAUUUCCCGAAGUAUGGACUUCUGCAUACAAAGGCAAACACACCGCUACAGAUGACUUGAAGUCUUUUAUUCGAAAAGGUUCACAAGGCUCUUCCCAUGCGUAUUGGCAGACAUUGCGAGCUCUUGUGGCGAUUUUGCCAAUAGCUGUCCUACCUCAAGAACCUGAUUCUAUCCUGGAGUUUCUGGACGCAUUCCGCAAGAGCAUCAAUCAAAGAGAGGAAAACAAAGCCAACGCGUCGGAAGCAUGGCUUGCUUAUGGAGGGACCGCCAAUAUCUGCAUUGGAAAACUUUCAAGUUCUCAGCAAACGGAAGUUGUACAGAGAUCGGUGUAUCCUAUGUUUGGACAUUAUCUUCAUCCCUCCUCAAAUACUUCCGAAUGGCUGAUCAGAAGUAAUACUCCAAUUUCGACUAUAUCUUCUUUCAUCUCUACUCUAGUAAAGAACGCCAAUUUACAACCGUCCCUCCAAGAAGAAUGGCGAAAGCUUGCUCAAGAAUUCAUUACAAAAAUGCAAACAUCAAUGCCUGAGCAAUCUAAAGACUAUUCAUUGUCUCAAGAUGCGGUCAUCACCGAAGGCCAUCGGUGGUUCUCGCUUUUGUCAGAAAUUUUCAAGUUACAAGACGUGACAACCGAUCAAAAUCCUCUUCUUCAACCAUCGAGCGAAAUCAUUAAUAAUGCUCUUCAGGUAAUUAUUAAUAGGAAUGGGAAACCAUACUCUGCCAGUUCAGUAUUGAAGACCGCGUUGAAAUUCUCUCCGCAGCUACUAGAAGCUUCUCCCUCGACCUUAGGGGCCAUAACAUCAUUUAUGGAGGACCAUCUUCCCAAAUUGAUUUCGUCUCCAUCAUCAUCAUAUUUGGUUUCAGCUUUGAACCAGUUUCGUUCACUUCCCAGACAGCAAGAAGUUUACAAGAGCACCUGGCAGGCAACUAUCAACGGUCUGUUAUCGGCUCCCAAGGACUUACAACGACAAACAGCCAUUACAGCACUAAUGUCUUCUAACGAUGUUGCGGAUUUGGUUUGUGAUAAUCAGGCGCUCCAAGAUUAUAUUUUGGAAACUUCAUCCGAGGUAGUCAAAGGUAACAGCGAGGGAUGGUCCCUACUCGAGGCGGCAGUAAAUUUCAACGGAUUCUCCAAGUCAACGGAACAUUUAUUGCUGCAAACCUUGAUUUCAGCACUGAGUGCUUCCAACUCUAGCAUUAACCUCGCCUUUCAGGCACUUGAGUUACUAACCAAACGACGGCCUGAGGCUAUUCGAGAAGGAGAUGCGCACGUAGAUCUGAUCACGAAGCUUUUGGCAUUGACAGAGCUACCAGAUUCUGAGCUUGGUAGGCGGGCCUUGACUUUACGAUCGUUAGUCGACUCCCCAGACAACCAAAAUGGCGUUACCGCUUCUUCUGUUGUUCAUAUACUCAAAGAAAACUUGGAAAAUGCAAGUCCCCAAUCAUUGACUAUUGAUACGCUUAUUCAACAGGCAGAAGCAGUCAUUGCUGCCUCACUGGACAAUUCGCAUCAUCCCGAGCUUUUUCCCGAUGUCACAAAAUGGUCUCAAGCCUUAGCUCCUUUGUUGGAUCAAUCGCCAAAUCCUACUUUGGGAGUGAUGAGGCCAUUUGCGGGAGCUGUGUUCUUAGUUCAUACACCAGAAGUCAUUGAGAUUUCCCGACCUGGGAGAGACGCGGAUGGUUAUUCCACAGCUCUAAGGAUGGCCAUGUAUUCGGCACAUUUAGUUCGCGAUCAUCCUGAUCGCUUAUCAAAAGAUGCAUUAGUCGAAGUUAUAUAUCUUAUGUGCAUGACUGUUGAAUUAGCGAAUGAUCAACUAGAUUUGCUGGAGAUCAACAAACUCUUCGCGGUUCCAUCCGCAGAAGUUAUUCUUUGUGUACGCGAAUUCUCGGAUAGGAUAUAUCGAGAGUCAUUACCCUUCAUCCUGCUCCAUUCGAAAGCUUGGCGAGAUGGAUUUGAGUCGGGCUCGCCGCUUGAAUUUUCUGGUGUGGUUCAUUCCCUUGUUUUGAAGCUUAUAAAUGCUUCUCGCGGCAAUACCUCUACUUCAUUCUACUCUGCUCGCGUAUUGAGCCAUCUGUUAUCCAAACUUGUUGAACAACAUGGGUGGCAAGCCGUGGGGGGCGAGGAAUGGAUUUCCAAAACUGACGUCCUUAAGUCCUCUACACCGAAUAUCCUUGGGGCUGUUGCCAUUUUGACAGGACUUCAUGAAACCCUUAGUACCAGUCAGCCUGUUAGCAAUCUUUGCAACCAAAUAAUUAGUGAUGUUACGGAUGCUGCUGCUCAAUCCGAAAAGAAUGUUGGCUUACUUGUUCUCCUAAACGCGACUUUAUCCAUAUACGACGACGACGAUCUUCCUGUCGCACAGAACCGAUUGGUGUUUGCAGUGAAGCAAAUCCUUUCAUGGACUCCAGAAGUUGCAGACACCAACUAUCAGCUCUCAUCUGAGAUUUGUCGCGCUCUGCAAAAAUUGCUUCCAGCAAUCAAAUCAGUUUAUGGGUCUUAUUGGGAGAGCACACUUGAGUUUUGCAUCAAAAUAUGGGAAACGAUGGAAAGCGAAGAAUACCAUGAGCAAAAGCUUUCCAUGAUGGGAAUGUCUUUGAAAUUAUUCUCAAAUUUACGAAGCUUGCAAGAUGCCAAUGACGACCUUGACGACGCUUUGACUCAGUAUGGAAAACUCGCAUCUCACUGUUUCAUCAAGCUCAUGAAGCUACCAAGAGUUAAGCCAACACAGCCACUUGAGUUUGUCGACAAUGCCUUAUCGCGACUGAUCGUCAAAAUACCUUCAAGCCACAUUGAAGACGUCUCCGAGUUUUACCCGUUGAUAGCUUCAGAAAAGAGGUUGGUUCAGUCUGCAGCAUUUGAUGUCCUUCAUCGAGCUAUUCCUGCAGAGCAAGAGGAAAUUGCGGUUAACACCCUCCUCGAAAAAAAAGACGCUCAAUUGCCAGAAGAAUUGUUGUCUCUUCUCCUAGACGCACCAUCCAUCCGCGACUUUGACGACGAAGAGCUUGCAAACUUUCCACCAUCGAUUCGAUGCUAUUUACUUUCCUGGCUUUUAGUUUAUGAUUCAUUCAGCACAGCAUCAUGGAAGGUUCGCAAAGACUAUUGCAAUCACCUCCAGUCAGAAAACUGUAUCGGAUCAUUCUUGACAUUUCUCUUCGAUGUCCUAGGGCAUUCAGAAGGUAGACCUAUCAACCUCGAGAGAGCACAUUUUGAUGAAUCAUACAUUCGCUCGUAUGAUGCGGCAUUAGCCGAUGCUGAACCCAGCGAGCGGAAUUUGGAAUGGCUUCUUAUUCAUCUGUAUCAUCUAUGUCUUAAACACACCGGUGAUCUUGCCAAAAAUUGGUUCUCUGAGUGCCAAUCCAAGCAGACCCGUCAGGCAGUCGAAUCAUGGACAGAGAAAAUUUUCACUCCACUUCUGAUCUCGGAUAAGCUCGAUGAAGUCGAAAAAUGGGCAGCUUCAAAAGAAGCAAAAGAAGGAGGCGAGAAAGAGCUUGAUAUCAAGGCCUCAAAGGGCACACGCUCGGUCUUCGCUAGCUACGAAGUUGAUGAAACUAGCAUCCAAAUUGCCAUCCGGUUCCCGCCCAACUACCCAUUUUACAACGUCAAAGUCGAAGGUUUAAACCGCGUUGCCGUACCAGAGAAGAAAUGGAGAAGUUGGCUACUCAUCGUUCAGGGUGCCGUCACAUUUUCAAAUGGCAGCUUGAUCGAUGGACUGACUACCUUCCGUCGCAAUGUUGAAGGUAGUCUGAAGGGACACACUGAAUGUGCUAUUUGCUACAGUAUCAUAUCGACUGACAAGAGAACACCGGAUAAGAGGUGCGGAACUUUAACCAAAGCACGUGUCCUUUAUGCCGCUGCGCUUUUAACUAUGGUCGUUGAGUUAUACGAUAUCUCAAGACGGAGAGCGAAAGAGAUGGUCGAAGAGAAUGUGGAGAAUGUAGCAAAAUAUUUCAAAAAGGUGAUCAAUAGAAACAACGAUUUAUUUUCUAAAUUGUGA